CCGAUCGCGGCGCGAUGCAGAAAUACGAGAAGCUGGAGAAGAUCGGCGAAGGCACCUACGGGACCGUGUUCAAGGCCAAGAACCGGGAGACGCACGAGAUCGUGGCGCUGAAGCGGGUGCGGCUGGACGACGAUGAUGAGGGAGUGCCCAGCUCGGCGCUGCGGGAGAUCUGCCUGCUCAAGGAGCUCAAGCACAAGAACAUUGUCAGGCUCCACGACGUUCUGCACAGCGACAAGAAGCUGACUCUGGUCUUUGAGUUUUGUGACCAGGACCUGAAGAAAUACUUUGACAGCUGCAACGGGGAUUUGGACCCCGAGAUUGUCAAGUCCUUCAUGUACCAGCUGCUGAAGGGCCUCGCGUUCUGCCACAGCCGCAACGUCCUGCACCGGGACCUGAAACCCCAGAACCUGCUCAUCAACAGGAAUGGGGAGCUCAAGCUGGCGGAUUUCGGGCUGGCUCGGGCCUUUGGCAUCCCUGUGCGCUGCUACUCAGCCGAGGUGGUCACUCUGUGGUACCGGCCCCCUGAUGUUCUCUUCGGUGCCAAGCUCUACUCCACCUCCAUUGACAUGUGGUCAGCUGGGUGCAUCUUUGCGGAACUGGCCAACGCGGGGCGGCCCCUCUUCCCGGGCAACGAUGUGGAUGAUCAGCUGAAGAGGAUCUUCCGGCUGCUGGGGACCCCUACGGAGGAGCAGUGGCCGGCCAUGGCCAAGCUGCCAGACUACAAGCCCUACCCCAUGUACCCAGCUACCACCUCCCUGGUCAACGUGGUUCCCAAGCUGAAUGCGACUGGCCGGGACCUGCUGCAGAAUCUGCUCAAGUGCAAUCCGGUGCAGCGGAUCUCAGCGGAGGAGGCCCUGCAGCACCCCUACUUCACCGACUUCUGCCCCCCUUAGG